AUGUUCGAGGCCCUCCGGUCCUCAGCUUUCUCUCCGCUCAUCCCCUACUUCCGCCUCUUCUCCUCCUCCCCCUCUCCCCUUCACUACCGCAACGGACCAACCCUCCAUAUAUUCGAGUCCCCCUCGGGCGUGCGUCAGGGGGACCCCUGCGGUCCCUUUCUUUAUACCCUCACCCAACACCUUGACAUUCUUCCCACCCAGAACCAGAUCCCGUCCAUAUUCAUCUCAUCUUACGCUGACGACACCUUCAUCGCCGGCCCUCCCUCAACAGUUACCACUGCCUUUGCUGCACUGACCGACCGCCUCCAUUCCUUAAGUCUCAUAUUCCAACCCUCGAAAUGCUCUAUCUGGUGCCCUCUGGACUGGCACCAGGACUGUGCAGCCCCUCCGGGUGUUCCCAUUGCUCCCAACGGCCUCAACGUUGCAGGGGUCCCGAUUGAUCCGGACGGCUACAUCAUUUCCACCGUACGGGAGAAGCUUGACUCAUUUGCAGCCACCCUUCCUCUCCUUCACCAGCUUCACGGCCCUCAGAGUGCCUCCCGCAUCCUCUCUCAGUGCGUCUCAGCCCGCCCUUCCUUCCUCCUCAGGACACUUUCGCCAUUCCCAAAGAUACACGACCUCUUCCGCUCUUGGGACUCUACCAUCUUGCACCAUUUCACCCAACUCUUUGGCCCUGGUUACUGGAUUCCAGACACGGAGCAUACCACCACGGCGCAGCUGCAAGCCUUCCUCCCUAUUUGCCUUGGGGGUUUCGGCCUUCGUUCCUCUGCCUCUGCAGCACCUCCCAUCUACCCCUGCAGUUGGGCUCAGUUGCUUUUAUUACUGUUCACACACUUCAUCACUGAUGGCUCGCCGCUUUUCCGCCCCUUUCUCUCCUCUGACACCAAUCACCGCCUGGACGAGUUUAUCUCAGCAGCAGCUGCCAUGCUGUCCAAGGAAGUUCAAGACCGCUUCCCUUCCUGGUCUCACCUUCUACCUGGCUACCCCCCCAAACUCUUCACACACCUCUCGCAGCAGCUCGAAGCUUCUUUGCUUGAGAAACUCACUGAAACCGAAUGGCGCAUUGCUGCUGCCAUCCGCCUCGGCCUCCCCAUUCCUCACCUCAGCUCCGCCGAGUCGUGCGCUUGUGGUCACUCCUUCUCGGACUCUUCCCUUCCUUCCCAUGCCCUCCGCUGCCCCAAGAACAACAAGCCUACCAAAGUGCACGACGCCGUCAAGCACGAACUGCACCGAAUCUCUUUGAAGCUCGGCCUUGUGGUGCAGUUAGAAGACCACCACCUCCUUCCUGGCCGCCGAUCUGACAUCAGCUGCAGGGACAUUCAGGCCGGCGCCACCUGGGAUUUGGACAUUUCAGUGGCUAAUCCACAGCACGGCUUCCCCCACUCCAAUGCUGCCACUGUCAUUGGUUCAGCCGCAGCUUCACCCGAAACCGAGAAGGCCACACUGUACGCAUCGUCCCUGCGGUCCCGACCUGACGUCAAGCUACUUUCUCUGGCCCUUGAGACUUUUGGGUGCUUUGGAAAGUCAUUCCAGGACUUCCUUAAGGAAUGCAGCCGCCGUGGAGCUUCUCGCCUUCGUGACAUGAGUGCCGACCUCAUUCCGCAAUUGUUCGAGACCAGCUUCUACAAUCAUAUUUCCCUCGUCCACCAGCGCGAGCAGGCCCGAACGAUCUGCAGGCGGGCACAGGUUCGGUUCACCGUCGGGACUAGCACCACCUCUUUGGAGGUUACCCCUCCGUCGGCAGCGGACUUGCGUACAUGGGGAACGAUUACUGAAUGA